AGCCUUCAUACAUGUCCAGCAGGAAGAUUUGUGUCUAAUGUAAAGCGUCUUUAGAGAAAAUGGUUUUAACAAAGGAAUACAGAAUUCCCCUUCCACUCACAGUUGAGGAAUACAGAAUUGCGCAACUUUAUACAAUAAUGAAAAAGAGUAAAAACGAAAGCACUGGAAGUAGCAGUCGUGUGGAGAUUUUAGAAAAUGUCCCAUAUAAAGAUGGCCCUGGUGGAAAUGGGCAAUACACAAAGAAGAUAUAUCAUAUUGGUAGUCAUAUUCCUGGCUGGAUGAAGGCUUUUUUACCAAAAACAGCUUUAAGAGUUGAAGAAGAAGCUUGGAAUGCAUACCCAUACACAAAGACACGCACAACCUGUCCAUUCAUGGAUAAAUUUCAUCUUGAUGUUGAAACUUACUAUUACUCUGACCCAGGUCUCUUGGAUAAUGUAUUCAAUCUCACAGCAGAUGAAAGAGCGAAAGUUUCUGUUGACUUGAUCGAUCCAGUUAAAGAUUCAUAUCCCUCUAACUACUAUAACCCGGAAGAAGAUCCACGACUGUUUAUUUCCAAGAAGACAAAGAGAGGCCCUCUCCAGGAUGAUUGGCUUAAUGAUUAUGUGGCUGAUCAUACAAAGCGACCGAUCAUGUGUGCUUACAAGCUUAUCACGGUCGAGUUCAGAUACUGGGGCAUCCAGAACAAAAUUGAACAGUACAUUCAAGACAGCGCCCGAAGGACCGUAUUGGUUGGCCAUCGACAGGCUUGGUCGUGGCAAGACGAAUGGUGCUCUCUAACAAUCAAUGACAUACGGGAAUUUGAGGCCGAAGUACAGAAAGACCUUUGCAAAAGCAAUUUUGAUGAGGACCAGGGACAUGGACAUGAACGAAGAGGCUCUGAUGAGCGUAGAAGGUCUCUGAAAGUGGAUCUCAGCCUCUGCGUAGGCUCUCCAAAAGCAACCAGAAGUGACCAAUCAACCGAAGAGCUUAUUCUUGGAAUUCGCAUGACAAGCAUCGAGGAAGAUUCGGAAGAAGGCUACGAGACGCCAGAGAGCGACGAUGAGUACGUGGAUGCCUUGGACGAUCUUGGAGAUGAUUUCGGGAGGUUUGCAGUACGUACACCUGUUGAACAGCUAAAGAACGAUAAAAAAGAGUGUAUUCUGACCAAAGAGCUUAAUUAUCCUGCUCAAUCUGUUGAUUCGUCUUGUGAUAACUUCAAACAUUUUCAAAUACCGAGAGAGAUGACAGAGAACUCCCUUGAUGCGUCACCAAAGUCCGUUCUGCUGCUUGUCUUUCAUGGCGGUGGUGUAUCUGAUGUAGAAUCCGAUCAGUAUCCAAAGGCUAGAGACUUUAACACCUUCAAAUCAGUUUUCUCAUCAGUAGCAUCUUUGUUGUAUCCUUCUGCCGAACAUAAUGCUGCUCUGAGAAUGGUUGAGUGCCCGCCCGUAUGUCCACAGAUUGUCGAGCAUCUCAGGAAGAUAUCGGUCUUUGCUGAAGAAAAAGCUCCGUCGUCAGAACAUGCCUGGUUACCGCCCACGUUUCCUCUGUCGUGUAUACCACUUUUGUUGGUGUCAUCAUUAGAGUUUUACCAAGGAGUCGAUUUCGUCAUCAAUGAAGCCAAUGCCAUCUACAGAAAAUUUUUAGAGACAUCAAACGAAGAUGAGGAAAAUAUAAAAGUAUCAAUUCUAGCUGACUGUGUUGGCGCUCUUCUCGUCUACGGUGCCCUAUGCAGCCAAAGAAACCAGAUUGCAGAUAACUGCCUCGAUUCGCUAUUGGGUUCCAAUGCAGCGGAUAAUUUGAGUGACAAGGUGAACAUAGAGCCAAAUCAGGAACGGAGCUUCACUUACCAACGCAGCUCCAGCAUUGACUCUGGGCCAUCAUCCCAGGUUUCGUUCUUUCGUAGUCAGAAGCAGUUUGAGUUUGAUGUGAAGAAUUUUUUCUGCUGCGGAUCUCCAAUUGGCAUGAUAUUAAUGAAGCAGUUUUUAGAGAGUAAUGGAGCUUUGCCAACCAAGCCAGUCUGCAACCAGGUGUUUAACCUCUUCCUUCCAUUUGAUCCCUGUGCAUCGAGACUGGAGCCGUUGAUUGAUCCGAUGUUUUCAAACGUGGAACCUGCGCAUCUCCCGCGCUAUCAAGUGUUUCCUUUCAGUGCAGAAAUUCUUUAUGAGACUCAUCCUAUGGAAACCAAAUCACAGCAAGAUGGGGAAAUUUCGCAGUCGCCUGAGACCCCAACCGAAACUAUGUUUGGUACAAAAAACAGAGAUGGGUGCAAAUUAUCUCUCACUGGGAGCUGCAACAGCGUGGAUACCUUCUACGAAUCCCAAAGUAGAUUUCUCAAUUCAGGUACCUGGUGGGGUACAAAGCGUAUCGAUUAUAUGCUGUAUUGUCCGGAUGGUCUGCAGCAAUUCCCUUUCUCAGCACUCUCUCAACUCUGCUAUUCUAGCUACUGGGAAUCACGUGACAUGGUUGCCUUUAUUCUAUGGCAGAUUCUUGACGAAGGUCUUGCUGCGAAAUCUGAGUCCAUCCUCUUUGAAACAGCAUUAUUCCAGCCAGUCAACCCACGAGAAAAGUGGAUUAAGAAACGCACAGCGUUGAAAAUCAAGAACAUGCAUUCCAACCAUCGAGCGAAUGACGUCAUUUCUCUAGCAGGUGUUGCAAUUUACGUGAGCGGAAAAUUUGUGUAUGGUCCAAUCGAAGUGGCAGCUCUAACUGGAGAAAAGGUUGAUGUUUACGUUUCUUUGCAUCGUCAAAUGGAAAACUGGAAGCUACUAGGCACUUCGCUCACUGAUAGUCAUGGCCGAAUUGAUUUUCAAGUUCCUGAAGCAGAAACAUUUCCACAAGGUAUUCAUGCUGUGAAGAUGGUUGUAAGGGGCGAUCAUUCAAGCGUCGAUUCCAAUGUGGCAGUGGUACCUCGAAGUGCCGAGGCUGUUGUUUUCAGUAUUGAUGGGUCGUUCCUGGCUGCCUAUUCUUUGCGAGCAAUUGAUCCAAAAAUUCGAGGGGGCGCAGUUGACGUAGUUCGGCAUUGGCAAGAACUGGGCUAUUUAAUAAUCUAUGUCACUAGUAGAUUGCUUUUCCAAAAGCACCAGGUGACUCGAUGGCUGGCACAGCAUAACUUUCCUUUUGGCAUUGUCUCUUUUUGCGAAAGCAUUAGAAAGGAUUAUCAGAAACACAAACAAGAAUUUUUGCGCUCUGUUGUAAAUAAGGAAGCUGUUUCAAUCCACGCUGCAUAUGGUUCGUCGAGAGACAUCUCUGUUUUCACUUCAGUUGGUUUGUCCAAGGAACAGAUAUUUAUCGUUGGUAAACAUCGGCAGCAGAAGGGAUCUGCCAAUUUUCAGGUGAUAUCAGAAGGCUACGCAGCCCAUUUGAAGGAGCUUCCUUCCCACCCAUUAUCACGCCACGCUGUCGGGCCACUUUGUUCGGUGUUGCCAUGGACCUGUUUUGGAAUCCCACAAAGCAAUGGGAAAUCUAAUAGGCAGCAGAAGACAUCGGGGGUUAGGUUCAAUUUGUUUAGCAAGUCCAAGCUGCAGCAGCCUGAUAACGAGGCUGAUGGUAGUUCUAAAACUGACACCCAAAUCGCAAUCCGCAUCCGUCCGUCGUCACGUCACAGUCCGAGGAGAUGAUCAUUUUAGCUUUCAUCGUACGACAUGCAGGCGUACUGUAGGUCCUUGAUUGACUUUUAACUUAUUAUUAAUAGUAAUAAUAAUAAAAAUAAUGAGACAUUAUUUAUACAGGGUGAUUCAUUCAGUCAGUUUACAAUACAUGAUUAGCUGCUAUCAAGAGAAGCCCUGUUCUUAAAGCAUAUAGAAAAUAACAGAUCUGCCAUUUAAAUCUUAAUGUAUUAUAAACAUGUUAAAUAUGUUGCUUGAAAAAUUAAUCCAUAAAAUUUUCUCUGAGUGCUUGCUUUUUUUUAUUUUUUUUUAUUUAAGCAAUUAAAAUAUUAAGGCUAGGCAACAACUACUUGAUAUGGUGCCAUUCAUAGAGGGAACAGACACAAGGUCAUCGAGUUACCUCUAUAAAUGGCACUUACAAUAUAUUUAACCAUUUUGUCACUCAAGCCAACAAGGGACAAGGAACAAACCAAAAAAGUUAUUUAAGUUAUUUAACCAAAAAAAGAAAAUAUAAUAAUAAAAAAUAAAUAUAGGGUAGCUGCAUUUAGUCAAAUCGUUUUGUUUCUUUAAGAAAGGAUAUUGUAGCUUCCAUAAUUAUUCUGUUAGCAAAUACAUUCAACAAUGGAGAUCCAUACAGAAGCAGUGUGCAUAAGGAUUUUGAAUCAUAUUGUGAAAUGUCUAAACCAGGAAUUUCUGAGGGUUGACCAAGGCAAUGCAGGAGAGAAUGUUCAUUAUCUUCUUUUGCUGUUCCACAAACGCAGACAGGGCUUAAACAAUCAAAAUUAUGCCUGAAUUUGUGCUCAUUUAGUGCGCUAAAUUGCAAACGUAGUUUAGUUAAAUAUCUAACACCUAAGAUGUCAUGAAUGUUAUAUAUAGAAUUUCCCACUGGUCUUAUAGCAGAAAGCAAUUUGUUUUUAAACUGAACAACGGAUACGGAAUGUUUAACCUCAUUGCCAAGCUUAUUCCAUUCCAUCAAUGUGUUUUGGAAAUAGGUAUUAGCAAAGCGAUUGGUCCGUCUAAUAUUUUGGUCAUAAACGCGUGGAUUUCUAAGAUUAUAUGUUAGCUGGCGUUCAUUUUGAAUCUCAGUGACCAGAUAUUGAGGUGAGCGCUGUUUCUUCAGAACAAAAAAGCGAAACAUGCGUCGAUACCAUCAGUGCUUGCUUGAAUGGGAGAUAAAAUUUAACUGUCUUUAAGUGCGUUGGCAGUGCGUUAUAGAAUGUAUAUCAUAUCAAAAAAUGUAUACAGAUAAUUUAUGGAUAUGCAUGUAUAGGAAAAUCUUAACUUAUAUCGUGCAGAGACAAGGCUGACUGCGUAAUAUAACCUAUAAUUUAAACUAACCUACACAAACACUUCAGAGUUUAACAUGGCAUACAAAUUUUAACAUAGGACAGACAAACGCAAAACUCUUUCUAUUACUUUCUCCUUUUCUUUCACCAAUUUUUAACGCCACGGUACUGCUUGAUAUUUCUUUAUUUUCCUGUCAGAUUUUGACAUCAUCUACCAAAACGUUCCAUUGCGUGCAGCGCUAACUUUGCUUGCGUUUUGCGGGCUUCAACUGCGCUGCCGGGAUUUAUGUUUAUCAAGUGGUACUCCUCCUGACUUAAAUUGAUUAAAAAGGCCCUGUUGUGAAUUUGUACCGUUUUCCGCCGUCUAAACGAGGAAAGGGGUGUUUCGGAUUGGUCAAGGUUUCUUUAAGAGCAAGAUUGUUUGGAAAGACGAAAACAGUGCAUUUUUGUGUCAACACAAAGUUAGAGCGAUUUUUAACCAAUCUGAGAUGAUAUCAAACGGUAUCUUGUAAACACAGCCUAAAGGAUUCCACUGGUUACCACAUCUCGCAUUUCCAUUCAGUAGAGUAAUAUGCAGUAUUUGAAAUAAUAUUGACGCGCUCUUAGCAAAAACCUUUAGAACCCAAAAGUUAUAUUAUAAGAUUUAGGAUUGUUGCCGUAAUGACAACGUUUAACACAGUAGCCUUUGUUAUCAUUCUAUAGAACUUAGACUUACGAUGUUAAAAACAGCGUAUUUUUAUUUUAGAUUUCAAGAUUGUGGCGUACUCAUGUAAUUAGUGCAAAUUAUUUCAUUAAUUAGUUUAAUUUUUUUACAUCAUAUUACACAAAGCAGGCUCAAAUCAAACAAAUUUUAUUUUAAUUUUUUGGUGUAGAAAAUGUAAUUGUGAAGUUGGAAACCUACGAUUCGUUGAUCGAAAAGUUUUGCAAUUAA